GCUAAACCGUGUUUUUCUUUGUAAAGGCUUUCUUCCUUUUUUCCUAUAUAUAUCUGAUGCAAGCUAGCAUAUAUGAGAGACAACCAUACAUCAAUAUAUACUUGCAGUGUUUUUGAUCAAUUAACAUGAAGGGCGACGGAAGGUGCUUGAAACUCUUUCUUGCAUUUUCGAUCCUUUUCCUACAAAACGUAAAAGGAGGAGAAGUUGGCCACAGCCACAACCACAGCCACAGCCUCAGAGAUGCUAAAGUGACAGUGAGGUGCAUAGAGAGGGAAAGGCAAGCACUACUUGCAUUCAAACGUGGCCUGGUGGAUGAGUUCAAUCAUCUCUCUUCUUGGGGUUCAGAAGCCGAAAAACAAGAUUGUUGCAGAUGGGAAGGAGUCUACUGUAGCAACCAAACUGGCCAUGUGAUUCAACUUGAUCUUGGAUAUUCUGUCCCUGAAUAUUCUUUCCUUGAAUAUUCUUUCCAAGGUAAGAUGAUUAGUCCUAAACUGAUUGAGUUGCAGCAUUUACAAUAUUUGCACCUUACAUGGAUUGAUUUCAAUGGGAACCAAAUUCCUGAUUUCAUUGGUUCUCUAACCAAUCUAAGACACCUCAGUCUCAGUUCCUGUAAUUUGGGUGGUCAAAUUCCAAGUUCGUUUGGAAACCUCACGCAAUUGCAACAUCUCGACCUCAGCUAUAAUCAUCAGCUUCAACCAGAAAAUCUCAAUUGGCUUGGAAACCUCACGCAAUUGCAAAAUCUCGACCUCAGCUAUAAUCAGCUUCAACCAGAAAAUCUCAAUUGGCUCCCUGCUCUUUCUUCUUUAACGCAUUUGGACCUAAGCGGAAACAAUCUCAGUACUGUUUUCGAUUGGCCAGAAGCAGUACUUAAUAAGCUCCCUAAACUAGUAGAGUUGACCUUGUGGAACUGUAGUCUUCCUCCUCCUCCUACUCCAAUUCUUUCCACUACUCUUUACAAAACAAAUUCUUCUACAUCUCUUGCGUAUGUUUAUCUCUCUGACAACCAUCUCACUUCUUCAAUAUUUCUUUGGUUGUCCAACUACAGUACAAGCCUUGUUCGUCUUUACCUCUCCAACAAUAAUCUAUCUGGUUUCAUUCCCGAUUUCAUUGGAAACAUGAGCUCUCUUGUGGAUCUGGAUCUCUCUGAUAACCAGAUUGAUGGAGCGAAUCCAAAUUCGUUUGCAAGGCUGUGUAAUUUGGGAACAUUGUCGCUUCAGAGAAAUCAUCUGAGUGGACAAUUAUCCAAGUUUGUUCAACUAUUGCCUAGAUGUGCUCAAAACUCAUUAGUGGAUCUGGACCUCUCUGAGAAUGUUCUUAAGGGGUCAUUAAACAAUCUUACAAGCUUCUCAUCUUUGACACGCAUGAAUCUUAGUGCCAAUCAAUUAAGCGGAAAAAUACCUGAAAGUAUUGGGCAAAUGUCGCAACUGGAUUUUAUCGAUUUCAGCAAAAACUCUUUGGAAGGGGUGGUUUCAGAAACUCAUUUCUCAAAACUCUCCAAUUUAAGAUAUUUGGAUUUAUCCUAUAACUCACUAGUUUUAAAGUUCCAUUCUGAUUGGGUUCCUCCCUUCCAGUUGUUUGAGAUAUAUUUGGCGUCCUGCAAGGUCGGUCCUCUUUUCCCAAAAUGGCUUCAAACUCAAAAUGAUUCUUUCAAGCUUGAUAUUUCGAAUGCUGGAAUUUCUGAUAUUCUUCCAAGUUGGUUUUGGAGUAAUUUUCGUAACGCAGAGGUUAUUAAUCUCUCACAGAACCUAAUCAGAGGAAUAUUUACAAAUUUGACAGUGGAGUUUAGAUAUUCCCCAGAACUACAUUUGAGUUCGAACCAAAUAGAAGGUCCAAUUCCCUCAACUCUAUCACAAGCCUCCUAUCUGGAUCUCUCCAAUAAUAAAAUUUCAAGGUCUCUUUCUUUCCUGUGCGCAAGUGCAGAUAUGAUUUUGGCGUAUCUUAAUCUUUCAAGCAACAGUUUUGCUGGAGAACUUCCAGAUUGCUGGAGCCAUUUGGAGAAUCUAGUCAUGCUUGAUUUGAGUAACAACGCUUUUUCCGGAAAAAUUCCCAUGACAAUUGGCUCUUUAUUUCAAAUGCAAACUUUGAAAUUAAGAAGCAACCGAUUUGUUGGAGAAUUGCCUUCAUCGUUGAAGAACUGCACAAGUUUAGAAGUUAUUGAUCUGGGAGAUAAUAAAUUAUCAGGACCAAUACCUACAUGGUUAGGUGUGAGCUUCAAGAAUUUGGUUAUCCUGAUGUUUUCCACUAAUCACUUCAAUGGAAGCAUGCCCUCGCAAUUAUGCCAUCUAACACACAUUAAAAUUAUGGAUUUCUCUAUGAACAACAUCUCUGGAAGCAUACCCAAAUGCCUCAACAAUUUGACUACUCUAGCUCAAAAAGGAAAUCCAAGUCUAUCCAGCACACAUCUUUAUGGCGGAAGUAUGGGUAAUGAGUCAAUUGCUCCUACUAAUUAUGACGAUGAUGCAAGCUUCAUAUGGAAAGGAAGAAUGCAGACAUACAAAAGCACUUUGGGCCUUGUGAAGAGAAUUGAUCUCUCAAGUAAUAGAUUAACAGGGGAGAUUCCAAGUGAAAUCACUCAUCUUGUUGGGUUGAUUUCUUUAAACCUUUCGAGAAACCAGUUAACAGGUCAAAUAACUCCAGAGAUCGGAAACUUGGAGUCAUUGGAUUCGCUUGAUUUAUCAAGAAACCAGAUAGAUGGAAGAAUUCCGACAAGCCUUGCUCGGAUAGAUCGUCUUAGUUUCUUGGACCUGUCAUAUAACAACCUGUCUGGCGAAAUACCCACAGGCACUCAGCUCCAAAGCUUUGAUCCCCUUGAUUAUGCUGAAAAUCCUCUACUCUGUGGACCUCCACUUAAAAAGAUGUGUGUUAAUCAAAAUGAGCCAACUGACUUGAGCAAUGAGGAGGAUAAGGAUGAGUUUAUAACACUGGGAUUUUACAUUAGUAUGGGGAUUGGGUUUGCUGCUGGAUUUUGGGGAGUUUGCGGCACUUUGAUAUUCAACAGGUCAUGGAGAUACGCAUACUUCAAGUUCUUGAAUAAUUUAAAUGAUUGGCUUUAUGUGAGGAUAGCUUUGAUCAAGCGGCAACUGAAGUUAGCAUAUGCUUAAUAGAUAAGCUCGCGACGCUGCAGCAUCUAAAUUAGGAGAAAAGUAGCUGUAGCUGAAUGCCUCCCAAUUCAAGUGUUGAAGAUUGCUAGUACGCGCAUGCGCAUGCACAUGCAUCAGGAGAAGAGUUUACGAGUUAAUUUGGAGUGCUUAGUAGGAAUAAAUAUGAGUUAAAUUAGUGUUAAUUACUUGUCAGAACAAUUAAUUCGGAGUUCUCCGAUUAAUGUUUGUUUUUUGUUUGUUUGUUUGUUGAGAGAAAUAAACAGAUCCAUUUUAAUC